AUGGCGAUAGUCACAGAAACAGAGGUCAGCCACAGCAAUGGGGUCCUCGAGGACAGGACAAACAUCGCUUUGAACGGACGGGGGAACUCGCUGCAGGACCACCAGAAGCAUCAUCAGCAGGAAUAUCAGCAGAAAUCGAGAGGCCAGAGGCUGAGAAGCAAGUAUCGACAUGUAGCUGCGUAUCACUCGGAGGUGAAGCCUUCAUGUCUGAGUCGCGACACGCAAAAGUCGCCCAGCUUCCUCGGGUUCAGGAACCUGAUGGUCAUCGUGUUGAUAGUCAUGAAUCUGCGCCUGGUCGUGGAGAACUUCAUGAAGUACGGCGUCCUCAUCUGCAUUCGAUGCCAUGAUUAUCGCAAGCAGGAUCUGAUGCUCGGGGCGAUUCUGUACGCCCUUGUACCCUGCCACUUGUUCGUGGCGUAUGUCAUCGAGCUGUCUGCAGCGCAGCAGGUGAAGGGGGCCAUGGGGCGGAUGAAGAGAGAUGAAUCUUCGACCUGCACGAACAAGGAGCUGUCUGCGCUCCAGACGACGUGGCGGUACGUUGCGUUUGCACAUACCAUCAAUGCCAGCCUGUGUUUGCUGGUGACGACGUACGUGGUGUAUUAUUAUAUCCAUCAUCCCGGCAUCGGCACCGUAUGUCAGAUGCAUGCCAUCAUCGUCUGGCUGAAGAACUGUUCGUAUGCAUUCACCAAUCGGGAUCUUCGACAUGCGGUCCUCAACCCGUCUCCGGACAACAUGCUGCCGGAAAUAUACAAGUCGUGCCCUUACCCGCACAACGUCACUGUUUCUAACCUCUCUUACUUCUGGCUUGCUCCCACGCUGGUGUAUCAGCCUGUAUACCCUCGGACGGAGCGCGUGAGGUGGUCGUUUGUCGCCAAAAGAGUGCUUGAGCUCGUCGGCCUAGGCGUCUUUAUAUGGAUCAUAUCAGCCCAGUAUGCAGCCCCCGUGCUGCGGAACUCGUUGGACAAAGUCGCCAUGCUGGACUGGGUGUCUAUCCUCGAGCGGAUGAUGAAACUGUCUACCAUCUCGCUAGUCAUCUGGCUCGCAGGCUUCUUUGCGUUGUUCCAGUCCUUCCUGAACGCUCUGGCUGAGGUGAUGCGGUUCGGAGACCGGGAGUUCUACAAUGAAUGGUGGAACAGCCCCAGCGUAGGCUCCUACUGGCGAUCAUGGAACAGGCCCGUCUACCACUUCAUGAAGCGACACAUCUUCUCUCCCCUCGUCGGCCGUGGCUGGAGCCCGUUUGCCGCCAGUCUCGUCGUCUUCACUUUUUCCGCUGUCUUGCAUGAAGUCCUUGUCGGCAUUCCAACACAUAAUAUCAUUGGCGUCGCUUUUGCCGGCAUGAUGCUACAGCUUCCUCUGAUCGCUGCAACGGUGCCGCUGGAGAAGAUGAAGGGCCAGACAGGCAAGAUAAUAGGCAACUCUGUCUUCUGGCUCAGUUUCUGCCUUGUUGGACAGCCGCUGGGUGCCUUGCUGUAUUUCUUUGCCUGGCAGGCCAAGUAUGGCAGUGUGAGCAAACAGGGCUUGGGCCGGGGUUGA